CCUUGCUGGCUACAAUAUUUUUAUGCUCUGAGGACUCCUCGUGCAUCACAGUAGGUGGCACGUCCCUUCUUUCCUUACUCGUAAGGUGUUGCGAAAGUCGGCCAAAAAUGUCGUCGAAGAAGCUCCUCGUCCUCAAUGCCGGCAGCUCUUCCCUGAAGUUCAAGCUCUUCGGGGUUGAGCCUUUCGGCGCCAGCAUGACCGGCAUGUUCGACCGUAUCGGAGAUGCCUCCAACUGCGUGCUGAAGGCCAGCGCUCCCAGCGCUGAGGGCAAGCCGAAGAAGUGGGAGAUUAAGAUCCCCGCCAAGGACCACGUCGGCGCCAUGGAGAACAUCCUCUCCUUCCUGAAGGAGAACGUUUCCGGCACUUUCGCUAAGGAGGUCGUUGCUGUCGGCCACCGCGUUGUCCACGGCCUCGACAUCAGCCAGCCUGCUAUCCUCUGCGAGAACACCGUCAACAAGAUUCGCGAGGCCGCCGUCCUGGCUCCCCUGCACAACCCCCCUGGCCUGCAGGGCAUUGAUGCCGCACAGAAGGUGUUCCCCGACGUGCCCCAGGUGGCCGUCUUCGACACCGCUUUCCACGCCACCAUGCCCGCGCACUCCUACAUGUAUGGUCUGCCCUACGACCUGUAUGAGAAGCACAAGAUCCGCCGCUAUGGCUUCCACGGCACCAGCCACAAGUACCUGCUCGAGCAGGCUGCCGGCAUGCUGGGCAAGCCCGUCUCCGAGACCAACGUCAUCACCUGCCACCUGGGCAGCGGCAGCAGCAUUGCCGCUAUCCGCGGCGGCAAGUGCGUGGACACCACCAUGGGCAUGACGCCUCUGGAGGGUCUGAUGAUGGGCACCCGCAGCGGUGACAUGGACCCUGCCGUCGUUCUGCACAUGCAGAAGACCCUCAACCUGUCCAUCAAGGACACUGACACCAUGCUGAACAAGAAGUCCGGUCUGCUGGGUGUGACGGGCAACAACGACCUGCGCUCCGUCAUUGAGAAUGCCCAGAAGGGCGACCAGCGCUCUGCCCUGGGUCUGGCCAUGUUCGUGUACCGUGUGCAGAAGUACAUCGGUGCCUACACCGCCUCCCUGGGUGGCAACGUUGACGCCAUCGUCUUCUCGGCUGGUGUUGGCGAGAACUCCUCUAUCAUUCGUGGCCUGAUCCUCGAGUCGCUCAAGGGUAUGGGCCUGGUGAUGGACUCCGCCGCCAACGACGCUACCGUGGGCGGCAAGCAGGGUGACAUCUCUGCUUCCAACUCGCGCGUGCGCCUGCUGGUCAUCCCCACGGAUGAGGAGCUGUCGAUUGCCCAGCAGACCCUGGAGGUGGUCCAGGGCAAGGCCGCCAAGUCUGCCUAAGCCGUCCCCAUGGCGGUUGGAUAGAUGUAUCUCGUUAGGUGCUUGAAUAGCGGACAUACUCGCACAAUGCAAUAAUUUGGCGUUUAUGUGCCGGGGUGGGAUCGCUUCAAUAUCGGAUCGGGUAACCGUGUGAAGGAGUUGGGAAGGUGGAUGUGAUUUAGUGUCAUGUGACACGUGGCUUAUAUACCUUAUAUUGAACGGCUUUUGACUACCAAAAGUCGUUCAAAACACUUUUGAAGGACCAAAUUCCUUAUACCUCGUGAGGAUGGGCUCGUAUGUGCUCUCGUGUGCUCGCAAAUGGUGGUUUGCUUGGCCAAGCAAAUAUCGUGACCAGAUGUCGUUCCGGAUAUAACCCGCCUGCCAAAUGGCUGGCAAGAUGUAACAGGAGGUUUCACAUACUCGAAAAGAGUCUUGUUCAUGUUAGCGUACACGUCA